UAUUUAUUUUUAUAAUAUUAGCAUUGAAUUAUACAAAUACUAUAAUUAACAAUUAUAUCCGUUUCGUAUACAAUAUUCCCUAGGGCUCCUUGAUAUUUCUAUUUCCUCUAAUGCAGUCCAUAGAAUCGAUUGUUGCUAAACUAAACCCAUUCUACAUAGUAGUAACCGCCAUUGCCCAGCAGUUGUUCACCAUCAUUUGGUUUGGGUGGAUUAUCCAUCAUAUUGAACACUAUUACUAUGCCGCUGACAAGGGUGUGCGCCGUUCUGAACAUGUUAUCCAGCGCUAUUCCGCUAUAAUUGUGACCGGAGCCACGUUUAUAUCUUGUCUGGCACGUUCAGCAGUGGUGCUUGCGCUGGUUUCCACCUUCAAGGCUUCAACACUGCAGGACUAUCAAGUGAUAGCGCUGGCAGUUACUUUUAUCAGUAUGAUUAGUAUGCAUCGAGAUAUCUCCCGCCAGCGCCCUUUUCAGCUAUUGGCGACUCAGUGUGUGUAUGAAGCUACUGCUACAAUGUUAGCAGCGGUUGGGUGCUAUUAUCUACAACAAUACAAGUUUUAGAGAAUAUAUAUUUGCUUAAGAGAUGAGGGUAAAAGAAAUCCCUAGUUAAAAAGUAAAAUUUUCUAUGUAUUAUAGUAAACUAAUGAUAUAGGAUCGAUCAUCAUUAACCAAAAGAAGCAGAAUAAAGGUAUAUGGAUAAUUCUACAGUAAUUCAUAUUAACACAUUAAAGUGAGUCGAAGUAACCUUUUAUCAUUUAGUGUGUUUCGAAUUUGCAUUAAUAAAGAUUUAUACCCAAUCGAACUAAUUCGAUGUGCUUGCACAUUCCAAGUUAAUUCGUUACUCUUCUAUCUUGCUUUCGAGAUUUAUAAUUUUAUAUGUACUGACUGCAAUUGAAUAGUGAUACUUUCUAGUUGUCUCAAAUAGAAAGUCAUCAAAGUCCCCAGUGUAUUUUUGUGUUUCCUUUUCUGAUUGACAAUGUUUAGAUAAUAAUGAAAAAAAACAUUCCGUAAUUGAGUAAUGAUGUUUUUUUUUUACUACUUUCUGUUUGAGUUUAUGGGUGAUUCUUCAUUUCUAUAUGUGUAUUUCCUUUCCUUGUUAUUGGUGUUAAUCCUUGUCUGAU